AUGUUAAAUCGUUGUACAUUAGAAAGAAAAAUUAUAAUUUAUCAGAGGACACCUUCACGCCGCGGGUACCGAGUCGCGGCUACAUUAUUAUUCCUUUUACCAAGCUCGAGGGAAAUUCCGGAGACGACUAGUGUUCCUGUGAUCGAAGGGAGCGCUCAGCAGCGGGACGAGCCGCUCGCUUCGGACAAGGACCUGUUCAUCGAUGAUGACGGUUCGGGCCUAGAGAUAGACGAGAGCUCCGGCUCCGGCUGGGGGCCCGGCCCUGGACCCGACGACGAAGACGGCCGCGGCUCAGGUGACGCCCCCCACCAAGGGGCCCCCGAAGAUGACGAGGACUUCGACCCGAAGAGAAUCACCACAACCCUACCGCCGGUCUCACAGACCGAGCAUACACACACAGACAGUCCCAUCCCAGUAGACGCAUUCGAUGUAGUCGGUCCGCGUGUAUUAUCCAAGCCUUCGGAAGGCGCUCCAGAUAUACGCCCUGAGGAGCCCCAACGACCCGAUCAAACCGACAUCAGCAUAUCUGGUGACGAUAUCAACCCGAAUAUUGACCAAGAUCAAUCGAGUUCAAACGUGGAGCCGGAGUCCCGUCCUUCUGACAACAGCGUCUUCAUCAUGAACGCCAAGCCUGAAGACCGCGCCACCAGCUUCUUCGCACAACCUGGCAUACUUGCCGCUGUGAUCGGAGGGGCGGUAGUUGGCCUGUUAUGUGCCAUACUAGUGGUCAUGUUCAUCGUGUACAGAAUGCGGAAGAAGGACGAGGGUUCGUACGCAUUGGACGAACCGAAGCGAAGCCCGGCCGCAGCUUCCUACGGUAAAGGCCACAAUAAUCGGGAGUUCUACGCGUGA